UAAUAAUACGAAGAAUUAUAUAUCUGAAAUAUAAAUCUGAAAUAUUCUAAAUUGCACAAAAUUUCUACUUUUGAUUAAACUAAUUGUAUGAUAUUUAAAAAUAUCGUAAUAUAUAUUCUUGGGAUUAAUUCUGUUAGAAAUAAAUUCAUUAAAUAAAAAUGUCUUCUUACGAAAACACAAACCGUAAGAGCACUCUACCUCCACGAUGUUACCAUUGCAAACCUUCACCAUUUUAUUGCCCGAAAUAUGGCUGUCCACCCCCGCAACAAUAUCCACCUUCAAAAUGUUGUUGUCCUUCUCCAUGUCCACCUUUCAUAUGUAGGCCACGACCAGAACCUCCACCAAAACCACCAACCCUGUACAUUGUAAAUUGUUUACCACCUCCUGAUCCACCAAUUCCUAAAUGUACACCACCAAAAUUAGUUCCACCACCAUCAUGCGUACGUUAUUGUAUCACUGAUAUAUGUGGAAAAUCGUGCUAUUGUCCUCGCUACUUUACUGAUCCUCAGUGUAUGAAAUGUUGUUGACUAUUGAGAAGACUAAAAAUUAUAUUGUAUUUCGUAUUUUUAAUUAUUUUACUGUAUAUAAAUUAUAAAAAAAAUGUGAGACUUUGAUAUUGUAAUAACAUAUUGUAUAACAUGCAAUGG